AAAAAAAUAAAACAAAUUAUAAAGCACAUGUCAUUUUUUUCAUUAAAAAAAUUUUAGGGAAAAAAUAUGACUGAAUUUUUAGAUCCAAUUUUAUUCUCAAGUAAAGAGAAACAAUAUCUUUAUAAUGAUUUAAUAUUCUGUUUGAAAUUUGCCGAUGAUUUACUUGAAAAAGCUAAAGUUAUUGCAUCUUGUAAUGAUAAAAUUCCAGAUGAUAUUCAACAAUGGCUAACAAAACAUGAAGCACAUGAAGAAAAAAUACAAAAAAUUUUAUAUAACGCUCAAGAAGAAUGGCGAUCAAUAUUGCCCAUUGUUCCAUGUCUGAUGGAUCGAUAUCUUCAAACAUUACAAUUAAGCAAACCAAAAGAAACAAUUUUCGAUAUGACCAUGGAUAUUUUACGUUCACUUUCUGUUUGUAUCAAUCCAAAACGAUUAUCAAGAUAUUGGCCUACUGAUGUUAAGUGGCUUCAUCCCGUUAUCGAAUGGACUGAACAAUAUCUGAACGAUCGUUAUGAACCGAGUCUUCAUUUCUCAUCAGCUAAUGUUCUCAUCUUAUGGCUAGCAUCAGCAAUCAAAACUCCUUUCGAUCUAUCAAGAUUCGAUACGAGUAAAUCUGAAGAAGAAAAAACCAUUUUCAGAGUAGAAAGAAUCAUUUUGCAAAACGUUAAAAAUCAUUCUCUUUUUCCAGUAUUACAUCUUCUUGCCGGUUCAUUCUAUGCCCGUCGUGAUUGCCAUAAUUGUUUGAAAGAUUUUAUCACCAAUCUAUUAUUGAUCCUUCGUUCGACAGAUUUGAUUUAUUCAAAAUUAUGUACACUCAGAAUAUUGGCAACGUUGUUAAAAUCAGUGGAUCGUAGCCAAAUGUUAUUGUAUGUUGAUCAAAUUGUUGCUACAAUCGUCGAAUCAAUCGAUCACGAUCAUGAACAAUUUGUCAAACUUUCCAUCAAAAUUUGUGGCCGUUCAAUAUUGGUUCAUCUUAAACCUUCUUCCGAAUUAAAAUGGCGAUAUAAAUGCGGAACUCGUGUUAUACAGGAAUCGCCCAACAAUGCAAUGAAAUCAUCAAUUGAAGGCGAGAAUAUUGUUGAGGAAAUGGAUGAAUUUGACCAAGAUCUUCCCGAUUAUUUUGAAAAUCUCAUUCAACUAAUGCUUAAAAAUUUAGUUUAUAAAUCAAUUGCUGUUCGAUUUUCAUCUGCCAAAUAUCUAUCCACGAUUAGCAGUCGUCUACGUGCAGAAUUUUCCGAACAAAUUGUCCAACAUAUCCUAGAAAAUUGUCAAUCCAACAGUGAAGAUCAUUAUUGGCAUGGCUCAUGUUUGGCAUUGGCUGAAUUUGUUCGACGUGGUCUUGUAUCAAUUGAUUCAAUGUUGCCAGAAAUAAUUCGUGUGGUGGAUGAUGCUUUGUUUUACGAACAAAUCAAAGGAUCGUUUGUUGCUGGCUCGAAUGUCCGUGAUGCAGCUUGUUAUAUUUGUUGGUCGAUGGCACGAGCUUAUGACGGCAAAUCAAUCGCCCAGUUUGUUUCACAUCUUGCACCAAACCUAUUAAACGUAGCUUGUUUUGAUCCACAAGUAAAUUGUCGUCGAGCCGCUUCAGCUGUCAUCCAAGAACUAGCCGGUAGAACUCAACAGUUUCCCCAUUGGAUUGAUGUGAUACCGAAAACAGAGUUUCAUGCUCUCAGUCAAAUUGAACAUACUUACCUGGAAAUCGGUUUCCACUUUGCCAUUACUUAUGACGAAUUUCGUCCUACUAUUGUUGAUAACCUUUUGUCACAAAAAUGCAUUCAUUGGGAUCCUGUCAUUCGACGUUUGGCUUCAAAAACUGUGGCAAAAAUUGCAAAUCAUUGUCCAUUUUAUGGCCAGUAUUAUUAUGAUAAAUUCUCACAACAUUUGGAUAAAAUGAUUCAUUUGAAUUUGAACCAGCAACAUGGUCUAAUGUUGACCGCUUCAUAUUUGUUAAGUGCCGAUGGAUCGCUACAGAAACAACCUCAAGUAAUUGAACAAUUUCUGAAUAAAUUUUCUCAACAAUUUCAUUUGCUUCAUCAAUCAGGAUCAUCAUUCGGCAACAAUUUAAUUCGUGAAUCUCUUCUCAUCUUUGUAGCAAAAGCUAUUCCGUUUUUAGUUGAAAAAGAUUUGUCUGAAAUUGAUCAAUUUCUAUUCGAUUCUAUUAAAACAAUCGAUUCGAAUGAAUUAAUUCGAUCGGCUGCGGUAGAUGCUACUUGUAGCUUUAUGCAUAAUGUACCAAUUGAUUUGAGCUGUCAGUUUUUGCGAAAAUUAAUAACUAUGGCCAAACCUAAUUGUGAUAAUUUUACUAUGUCUACUUUGGCAAAAUUUUUCACUCGCUACUUCAGUUCAAAUAAUGUUGAUUCUCUUCCAGAAAUGGCCAAAACAGUUAUUGAGAUUAUUGAUGCUCUCGUUAAAUUUCAAGAAUAUUGGUUUGAAAAUGAAAUUCGCCGUCCAGAAACAAUAGCUGAUGUUGCCGAAUGUUUAUUGCAAAUUACAUCUCAUCAUUAUGAAAAAUUGCUUCAACAUGACCUUGAAUGUUUACUUAGUGUUCAAAAAAUUCUAUUGAAAUGUUUCGAUGAUCAUACAAUAACGAAUAAAGGUGACACUGGUCUCAUCGUCCGACGAGCUUGUAUUCAUUCCUGUUUAGAUUAUGUUCACCGUAUAGAUUCCGAUCAGUUAUUGCUUUUUAUUCAAUUGAUUUCAUCUGAAGCAGCAUCAUAUCGAGGUUAUACGUUCAGACUUUCAAUGCAGAAAUUGGUUACGAUUUUUCAAUUCAUUUCCAAUGAAUCGCGACAUCAUAAUUUGUAUCAAAUUUUAGCCCUUGAAUCUAAUUCAAACCUGAGAUUAGAUAUUGAUGAUUCAAUUGAAGAUUCACAACUUUUUCAGAAAAUACUGCAUUUAUUUGAUUGUGAUAAACUUGUCAUUGAUUUGUGGCGUGGAUUCGUAUUGAUUUUAGCCGAUCCCAACCUGGAUCGUCAAUGCAAAUCUAUUAUCGAUUACAUCAAGGAUUGUGAAUAUGAAAAACGUGAGAAAUUGCUUGAACAAUUUUUGUUAAUGGCUGAGGCUAAUGCUCGUUGCAAUCGUUUAUCAAUACCAUUAUUAAUUUCGACAAACACAAUUCUCACGCGACUUGAAACUUGUGGUGAAUUUCAGUCAAAUGCGGUUAAAUUUGCAUGGAAAGCUACUGAAAAGAGUGCAAUUCCAAAAAAAUAUCUUCUUGCAUGUGAUAUAUUUUGUACCUUAUUAGUGCUUGGUCAAAUAAAUUUGGUUCAAGGAUAUCUUUACGUAUUGUUGGGACAUCGAUUAGUUCCAAGAAUUCGUUCAUACACCGCUGCUCAAAUGUAUGCAGCAAUAUUAUCGCUCGACAUUGAUGAGCCGGAAAAAUUGGCCGAAAUCGGCGAAAUUUUACUACAAACCGAUUGGCUUGAAUUGAAUGAAGCAAAACAAGAACGAGAUAAAAUACGUAGUUUGAUAAAAAAUUUACCUUCAUCUUGUUGAAUGUGAUUUAAAUGAGCUGAUGUUUUUUUUCCCGUGAACAUCUGGCGUAAUGAUCAAUAUCCUUGAUGAUUAGUUAUCCUAAUAAUUAGUUUGGCAAAUAUUUCACAGUUGAUUGGUGGUGGUAAUUAAUCAAUUCAAUGUCCUCGUUUAUCGAUAUGUGUGCAUG